AUGGCCGACAAAAACACGCAGCGCAAGGUGCAGCGGAGUGUGGCCGCGCUAUGCGCCGGCAUCGAAAGCCACGCCGCGCGCAGGGCGGUGCACGUCCUCCACGAGCUGUCUGCGGACCAGGCGGCUGCGGCGUGCAUCAAGAGGGCCGGCGGGCAGGUGCGGCUCGAGCGGCUCCUCAAGGCGAGCGAGGUCAACGUGCGCGGUGAGGGUGGUGACCCGCUCUCCACCUUGAACACGGUGCGGCUUCGCGAUGCGUGCAUGGCGGUCCUCUCUCGCCUCAGCGGCGUGGGGUCCGAGCGGCGUCCCGCGGUCAAGUCGUCCGCAUACGGGCGCCCCCCACCGAACGCCCGCCAGCGCGACCGCGCGGCGCAGAAGCCGCGAGGCGCGACGCUCGGCGACUACCUGGAGGUUGCGGUCCAACGGAGCAGCAGCGCGAGCUCCAGCUCCUCCGGCAAGGCCAAGCGUGACACUGGGCAAGACGCUCGGCCGCAGCCACUGGCCGUGAUCGAGGCCAGUGCGGCGGAGCGGCCCGGCUCUCCCGCGUCGCGGCGGGCGUCGCGGCGGGCAUCACUGGGCUCGCAGAUCUCCCCCUCAGCAGAGGCCGCCGCCGCCCGCGCCGAGCAGUACACCUCACGCGUCCGGCGCGCGAGGGCCGAGAACAUGUCGAGGCUCCGGGAAGGGAUUAAGCGGAGCUCGGUCGGCGUCGCCGUCGCGCCCUGCUAG